AUGGCUUUUAUUCAUCUGGAUAUCAAAUGCCUAUAUACCGUUCUUAUUUGCACAUCAUUUAAUUGCAUUCUGUCUUCAACCAAUGAGAUAAAAGUUAAUCCUCCUCAGGAUUUUGAAAUCGUAGAUCCUGGAUACUUAGGCUAUAUGUCUUUGCAAUGGAAACCUCCACUGUCUCUGGAUAAUUUUAAGAACUGUACAGUAGAAUACGGAUUAAAAUACCGAAACUUUGAAAGCGAAAGUUGGAAGACCAUUAUUACUAAGAAGCUAUAUUACAAAGAUGGGCUUGAUCUUAACAAAGGCAUUGAAGCAAAGAUACACACAAUUCUGCCACAACAAUGCACAAAUGGACCAGAGAUUCAAAGUUCAUGGUCAGAAGCUACUUACUGGAUACCACCAAAAGGAAAUGUGGAAACCAAAGUUCAGGAUAUGGAUUGUGUAUAUUACAACUGGCAAUAUUUAUUCUGCUCUUGGAAACCUGGAGUGGAUGUCCCUGUUGAUACUAAUUAUUAUUUAUUUUACUGGUAUGAGGGAUUGGAUGAAACAACACAGUGUGCCGAAUACAUGAAGACUAAUGAAAAACAUAUUGGAUGCAGGUUUCCGGACUUGAAGUCAGCAGACUAUAAAGAUUUCUAUAUCUGUGUAAAUGGGUCAUCUGAAUCCAUGGCUAUCAGAUCCAGCUAUUUCAUUUUUCAUCUUCAAAAUAUAGUUAAACCUUUGUCACCAGACUACCUUAGUCUUACUAAGAAGAAUGCAAAUGAAAUUAUUUUGCAAUGGAGCAUGCCCAGAGGACCCAUUCCAGCGAGGUGUUUGAUUUAUGAAAUUUUAUUAACAGAAGAUGACACUACCUCGGUGUCUACCACAGCUGAAACUGAAUUGUGCAUCACGAGAAUGUCAAAUGAAAGCCACCAAUUAUGCUUUUUAGUAAGAAGCAAAGUGAAUAUUUAUUGCUCAGAUGAUGGAAUCUGGAGUGAAUGGAGUGAAGAACAAUGCUGGAGAGGUGACAUAUGGAAGGAAACGUUCAUAUAUUUCAUGUUACCAUUUGGUUUUGUCUCAUUAUUUGUUUUGUCAAUAACUGUACUGCUUUUGUAUAAACAAAGAGCUUUACUUAAAAUGAUUUUUAAUGCGACUGCACAAGAUUUUACUCAGCAAGAAACAAUCUGCUGA